GGCCAGUCGUCAGCCGGAGACAGCAGCGACACCAUGUGGAGAGCGGCGCGAGCAGUCACGGCCACCGGCGGCCUGCGGGCCUCCGCCCCCACCCACGCCUCCACCCCCGCCCCCGCAGCCACCCACGCCAUGGCGCGCAGGGGCCACCGCACUGUCGCCCCCCGCCUCAUCCUGCCGCAGGUGCAGCCGGCGUGCCGCUGGGUGCAGACGGGCGAGCGCCGGAGACCGUCGUUCACGGACCGCAGCCAGUUCAAGUACGCGCGUCGGCUCGUCGUCAAGAUGGGCAGCGCUGUCAUCACCAGAGAGGACGAGAACGGCCUCGCGCUCGGCCGGCUCGCCUCCAUCGUCGAGCAGGUGGCCGAGUGCCAGAUAGAGGGGCGCGAGUGCAUCAUGGUGACCAGCGGCGCCGUCGCGUUCGGCAAGCAGAAGCUGACGCAGGAGCUGCUCAUGUCGCUCAGCAUGCGGGAGACGCUGUCGCCCAAGGACCACACGCGAGAGGACGCGGGGAAGCUGCUGGAGCCGCGCGCCGCCGCCGCCGUGGGCCAGUCUGGCCUCAUGUCGCUGUACGACGCCAUGUUCGCGCAGUACGGCGUCAAGCUGGCGCAGGUGCUCGUAACAAAGCCCGACUUCUACAACGAGGAGACUCGGCGCAAUCUGUUCAGCACGUUGUCGGAGCUGAUCUCUCUGAACAUCGUGCCCAUCAUCAACACCAACGACGCAGUCUCGCCGCCCAUGUUCACCACCAACGAGGACUUGGCUGGCGACGGCCGCAAGGUGAUCAGCAUCAAGGACAACGACAGCCUGGCGGCGAUGUUGGCGGCCGAGGUGCAGGCGGACCUGCUGAUCCUGAUGUCGGACGUGGACGGCAUGUACACGGCGCCGCCGGGCCAGGAGGGCGCCCGCCUCAUCUCCACGUACACGCCCGACCUCGAGGAGACCAUCCGCUUCGGCAAGAAGUCCAGCGUCGGCACCGGCGGCAUGGACUCCAAGGUCAAGGCAGCCACGUGGGCGCUGGACCAUGGUGUUUCGGUGGUGAUCUGCAACGGCAUGCAGGAGAAGGCCAUCAAAACCAUCCUGGCCGGCCGAAAGAUCGGCACAUUCUUCACCGACUGCAGCACCAGCUCGGGGGCCUCCACCACUGACGUACUUGCAGAGAACGCGAGAGUGGGCAGCCGGCAGCUGCAGGCGCUGGCACCGGAAGAUCGCGCGGCAGCCAUCACGAGCCUGGCGGAUCUGCUGAUGAGCAAGCAGCAGCGCGUGCUCGACGCCAACAAUGCGGACCUCGCAGAGGCCACCAAGAGCGGGCUGGCCAAGCCGCUGCUGUCACGGCUGUCGCUCACGCCCGCCAAGAUCAAAGGGCUCGCCGCUGGCCUGCGCCAGAUCGCCGAGACGAGCCACCAGAAUGUGAACCGCGUGCUGAGGCGCACGCGACUCGCCAACGGCCUGGAGCUCAAGCAGGUCACCGUCCCCAUCGGCGUGCUGCUCGUCAUCUUCGAGUCGCGUCCCGACUGCCUGCCUCAGGUGGCAGCAUUGGCUCUGAGCUCUGCCAACGGUCUGCUGCUCAAGGGCGGCAAAGAGGCGGCGCACAGCAACGCCGCCCUUAUGGAGCUGGUGCACGAAGCCCUGCAGCCCUUCGGAGCCACCAACGCCAUCUCGCUGGUGUCGACGCGAGAGGAGAUCAGCGACCUGCUGGCGAUGGAGCGGCACAUCGACCUGGUGAUACCGCGGGGCUCCAGCGAGCUGGUACGCACCAUCCAGGAGCAGAGCGGCCACAUCCCCGUGCUGGGCCACGCCGAGGGCAUCUGCCACGUCUACGUCGACAAGGACGCCGACUUGGAGCGCGCGCUCAAGAUCGUGCGUGACUCGAAGUGUGACUACCCAGCAGCUUGUAAUGCCAUGGAGACGCUGCUCAUCCAUGAAGACUUAGUCAAGAACAGUUCCUUCUUCGUUGACGUAUGCAGUAUGCUAAAACAAGAGGGAGUGAACAUCUACGCGGGCCCCAACCUGAGCAAACAACUGACGUUUGGCCCGCCGCCAGCAAAGUCUCUCCGCACCGAGUACAGCGCCCUCGAGUGCACUGUGGAGUCCGUGCCCAACAUGCAGGCGGCCAUAGACCACAUACACACCUACGGCAGCUCGCACACCGACGUCAUCGUCACGGAGAACCAUAAUGCCGCGGAGGAGUUCCAGAGACAGGUGGACAGUGCGUGCGUCUUCCACAACGCCAGCUCCAGGUUUGCUGACGGCUACCGCUUUGGACUCGGGGCCGAGGUGGGCAUCAGCACGGCGCGCAUCCACGCGCGCGGCCCCGUCGGCGUGGAGGGCCUGCUGACCACCAAGUGGGUGCUGAGCGGCGAGGGCCACACCGUGCAGGAUUUCGCCGAGGGAGGGCCCUGCACCUACCUGCACGAGCAGCUGCCGCUCCACUGACGGCCCCUCGCCUCUCCGUCCUCUGCUCCUGCCUAUUUAUUCCGACCAUUCAGACAUCGGUGGCUGAGCACCGGGCCAGCCGCAGCUGCCAGCAACUCAACUCCACAAUGUUCAUCACACAUCACGUAAUCAUAAUUCAUGUAUAAUGUUCAGAAUGCACUAAACACAGAGAUAAUAAACAACUCACAAAUUAUUA